AUAAAUCAGUCGGCCGCGCCGUGGCCCAGUUGCUGCGCCGCCCGCAUUACAGUACUUGACACAUUUAAUUUUAAUUGUAUAACCGCGUUAUGUAGUUGUAUUUAUUGCUUAUUACCGUUGCGACUAUCGCCGCCGUUAUCUUAUCGCGGCGUUGGUGAUAUUUUACCGCUGCUAACUGCCGCCACGGACCGCGAACGACCACGAGCCCCACUGGAGUCGCCGCCGCCGCCGUCGCCGCAGCCGCCGCCGCGAUGUGUGACAACUGCGGCGAGCUGGUGUCCGUGCUCGGCGCAAGGGAAUCGGAGAAAUGAUGAGGUAUCGCCACUCAAGAAGGAGCAUGUUCUCAAGUUAUUUAAUUAUAUCAGCUCGUGGCCACAGAGGCAGUGCCUCUGCUGCUUCAAGGAAUAUAGGAAUCUGGAGGGCUUCAGCCAGGUGCUGUUGGAGCUGAUCCGACUCGCCGUGAGCCUUGUAUGUUGCCUUCGGAACAGCCUACAGCCCAGCAGCCUGAAGCCACAACCACAGCUGGACGCCGACAUGCAGAUGGACUUUGAAGUGAAGGAUGCGCCCCGACUGCUGGACCCCACAGCCGGGGGUGCAGCUGCCCGGGUCUUGGACGGAAAGGAUCGGCGGGAAGGAGAUGUUAGCGGUGGCGGCGACGGUGGAGGGGCCUGCUCGGGGGAUGGUGCCGAGGAAUCGGAGGUGUCAGCCGGGUCGCCUGGUGCGGCGGAGGAGGACUGGAGCAGCUGGAGCAUUGAGGAGCAAGAGAAGCUGCUGCUGAGCAUUGCCAAGAUCUUCCAGAUCCAGUUCCCUCUCUACACGGCCUACAAGCACAACACGCAUACCACCAUAGAGGACAUUUCGACAGCAGAAAGCAAUUUGUUGGGAGCUUUUUGUGACAUGAAUGACGUGGAGGUGCCCCUGCACCUACUGCGUUAUGUCUGCCUCUUCUGCGGGAAGAACGGACUUGCACUAAUGCGGGAGUGCUUCGAGUUCGGCACACCCGAAACCCUGCCGUUCCCCAUCGCGCAUGCACUCAUCACCCUCGUGUCAAACAUUAAGAUUUGGCUGCAUCUGCCUGCAGUCAUGCAACAUAUUAUUCCAUUUCGGACUUUCGUAAUAAGGUACCUGUGCAGGCUGUCGGACCAGGAGCUGAGGCAGAGCGCCGCACGGAACAUGGCAGACCUCAUGUGGAGUGCGGUGAAGGAGCCACUGGACUCGGCACUGGGGUUUGACCGCGAGAGUCUCGACUUGGCCUUCAAGUACUUCACCUCGCCCACACUCACCAUGCGGCUCGCUGGCCUCAGCCAAAUCACGAACCAAUUGCACACAUUCAAUGAAGUUUGUAACAACGAGUCCCUCGUCUCCGAUGCAGAAACAACCAUUGCAAAGGAACUGGCUGACUGGUUAACUAACCACAACAUUGUUGAGCACAUCUUUGGACCAAAUUUGCACAUUGAGAUCCUGAAACAGUGCCAGGUCAUCCUCAAUUUCCUGGCGGCCGAGGGCAGGCUGAACACACCGCACAUAGACUGUAUAUGGAUGGCCGCUCAGCUCAAGCACUGCAGUCGCUACAUCCACGACUUGUUCCCGUCGCUCAUCAAGCACCUGGACCCUGUGCCCCUCCGUCACCUGCUCGGGCUCGUGUCGGCCCUGCACCCCAGUGCGCACACUGAGCAGACGCUGUAUUUGGCCUCAAUGCUGAUAAAAGCCCUCUGGAACAAUGCUCUUGCAGCCAAAUCUCAGCUCUCCAAGCAGAGUUCCUUUGCAUCGCUACUGAACACUAGCCUACCCCUCGGUGCUAAGAAAGCGGGAGUGGGCAGUCCAGAGAGCAGCGACAACAGCGACACACAGCCAAGUGGCGGCAGUGACGUGGAGAUGGAGGAGGAGCCCUCUGUGCACCGGCCCAAGCGGCAGCCACAGCCACAGCAGCAGCCGCAGCUGUCGGACUCUGAGGAGUCCGUGCAGGGCAGUUCAGACGAGACGGCGAACAGCCGCGAGGACGGGGGCAGCAGCAGUGGCCGGAGCGAGGACUCGAGCCCAGGCGACGCCGACGCCAACAGCAGCAGCAGCAGUAGUGGUAGCGAAGGCCCCAGCAGCUGCUCGCUGGGCAGUCGCACGCCCAUGGACGACAACACGGAGGAUGGGGAGGAAGCUGGAAGGAGGGCGGCGGUGGCAGCAGCAGCUGCAGCUCGCCAAGCCAAAGGAGGAGACGCUGCUGGCUCCGUGCUCCUACAGGGCCGCGGCAAUAAGACUGAGACAGCGUCGGCACUUCACGAUCUUCGCGAGCGGCUGGGACAGUGCUCAGCAGACCGCCUCGGCCAGCCUUGCCAAGUGGACAGGAUGCCUCACUGCCACUCAGAGGCUCUCUCCUCGCAGGGGCCAAUGGAACGACAGAGCCAGUCGGAUGUUGAGAAGCUGGGGCAGUGCCCCUCAGAACUGGGCAUGAAGACCGUGAACGUUGGUGCCGGGUUUGGCCCAGAGCCUGCGGAAAGGAGGCCGAGAUCGCUGACGGACGAUCGUGAGACAACGGUUCCCACUGUUGCGGCGGUGGCCGCGGCAGUGGUAGCGGCAGCGGCAGCAGCGGGGGGCACCGGGGUUGUGCAGGCAGUGGCGGGUGCGGAAGUUGGGUGUGAACCGCAAGUAUCGUGCGGAGGCGCCCACGCGGGGACGGCAGCCGGGCUGCUGGGAGAGGGGAUGAACACAGAGAUCUUCGACUGCCGGGGAUUUAUCGCACAGCAGAGGCACCAUCACCACCACCACCAUCACCACCACCACCAUGACGAUGGACCACUGGACGAGGACAUGCUCAGCGCGGACGACGUGAGCUGCAGUAGCUCGCAGGUGAGCGCCAAGUCGGAGAAGAACAUGGCCGACUUCGAUGGGGAGGAGUCUGGCUCGGGAUGCGAGGAGGAAGAGGAAGAAGAGGAGGAGGAAGAGGAGGAGGAAGAACUGGCUCGCAUCAACUCGCACGUCGAGCUCACAUCACACUUGCAGCCCCCGCGCCUACCCAACCUCGCGUCGCUCUACCGGGGUCACAUGCCACAGGCCGGGGCCAUGCACAAACACCAGGGUGGCGGUGGCACGGUGGCCGACAUCAACCUCGACAACGUGUGCCGUACGGGCAGCACCCUGCUGUGGGACCUGGUGCAGGACGAAAACGCUGUUCAUCUGGCAGAAGGGCUCAUCGCAGAGGCAGAGAAGCUCUUGUGCUCGCUUGUGUGCUGGUUCACUGACCGGCAGAUUCGCAUGAAGUUCAUCGAGGGCUGCCUGGAGAACCUUGCCAACAACAGGUCUGUGGUCGUGUCACUGCGUCUCCUGCCCAAGCUGUUUGGAACGUUCCAGCAGUACGGUAGCAGCUACGACACCCAUUGGAUCACAAUGUGGGCCGAGAAGGAGCUACACAUGAUGAAGCUCUUUUUUGACAACGUGAUGGAGUACAUUCAAGCCGUGCAGGAGGACAGGCACCACCACACUCUAUAUAGCCACGGCACUGAGGUUCAAGUUCGGUUGCAGUUUCUCACUUGUGUCUUCUCCACACUUGGAUCUCCAGACAACUUCAGGCUGAGUCUGGAGCAAGUGGACAUCCUGUGGAACUGCCUGGUUACUGACCUCGAGUGCUCAGAUGACGCCCUCCACUGGUUCCUGAACCAGGUGCGCAGCAAGGAUCAGCACGCCAUGGGCAUCGAGACCUACAAGCACAUUUUCCUGGAGAAGAUGCCACAGCUGAAGCCGGAGACGAUCAGCAUGACGGGGCUCAACCUCUUCCAGCAACUUUGCAACCUGGCGCGUCUCGCGAGCAGCGCCUACGACGGCUCCUCCUCCACCGAGCCGUGUGGGAUGGACCAACUUUGGGGGAUCGCACUGCGAGCACAGAAGGUGGAUGUGAGCCGUGCAGCCGUGCAGUAUAUCAACUCCUACUACAUCAAUGGAAAGAGUGGUCUGGAACGGGAGCAAGAGUUCAUCAACCGCUGCAUGGAGAGCCUCACGGAGGCCUCCAACAGCCUGGCCCUGGACCCCCGUUCCAGCCUCAUGGUCAUCGAGCGAGGCCUCUUGCUACUCAAGACCCACCUGGAAGCCUUCAAGCGGAGGUUUGCGUACCACUUGCGGCAGUGGCAAAUAGAGGGACACGGCAUCAGCAGCCAUCAGAAAGCACUGAGCGACAAGCAGUCCAUGCCCAUCCGCAUUGUGUGUCAGCCAGCCGGCCUGCCCGACAAGAUGACCAUCGAGAUGUUUCCGACGGACCAAGUGGCGGACCUGCGUGCCGAGGUCACGCAUUGGUACGAGAGCCUGCUCAAGGAGCAGAUGAGCCAGCAGGCGCAGGUGCAGGAGUUUGGCUCUUCGGGACGCCACGGCGACUACCACGGUGGCCUGAUGGGGCCUGUGCGAAUGAUUUCGUCUGGACACGAGCUCACGACAGACUAUGAUGAAAAAACACUCCACGUCCUUGGCUUCAAGGACAUGCAGAUGGUGUUUGUGUCCCUGGGAGCACCUCGGCGGGAGAGGAAGGGCGACGGCUUGCAGCUGCCCGCCUCGUGCCUGCCGCCUCCUCAGAAGGAGAACAUUCCUAUGAUCCUCCUGCUGCAGGAACAGCCGCUCACCGCCCUCUUUGAUCUGCUGGAGAUGCUGGCGUCUCUGCGACCCUCCGCGGCAGAUCAGGAAGUCUGCGUUGGUGGUGGCAGCAGUGGCGAUUCGUCAUCGUGUUCAACGGCAUCACUGCACGCGGAGCACCUGUCACGCCGAGUGUGGGAGCUGCUCAUGCUGCUGCCUACCUGUCCCAGCAUGUUGCAGGCGUUCCAGAAUAUUUCCAACGAGGAGGCCAGCGCGGAUGUGCGGUGGAAGGACCAGCUGCGAUUGAGGAGCCCCCACAAGCUGCUCUAUGCCCUGGAGAUCAUCGAGGCCCUUAGCAAGCCGAGCCGUCGAAUACGAACAGUUUCUUCGGGCAGUUACAGUGACCUGUACCCUGACUCUGACGACUCCACCGACAGCCACAUGGAGAACAGCAAGAGCAGCUGGACCAGCAAGUUCAUAGCAUCGGGUGGGCUUGAACUCCUGUUGGAAAUGUUGCUCUCUGGGACACUGGAGCCCAAGGAAGCCGAGCCGUGGAGUGUGUGGCAACUGGACUGCCUGGCGUGCCUGCUGAAGCUGGUUUGCCAGUUCGCCGUGGAGCCGGUGGACUUUGACGUGGCAUACGUGGAUGUGUUCGCCUGGUCACCCGCCUCAGAGGCACCACGCAAGCGUGCCUGGGCCGGGACCCGCAAGAGCUCGGGCGAGCAUGGCAAGGGCACCCACGUUAUCCCGCGGCUCACCGAGACCUUCCUAAACCUCGUGAAUGGAACCGACCUCCUGAAGCACCUCAUGACUGUGGCGUAUACAUAUGACAAUCUGCCUCAAAGGAUGCUGAAGGCACAGUCUGAUUACAAGUCCAGGCAUGAAGUGACUCACUACGCCAUGUGGCUGCUGGUCAGCUGGUCGAGCGGCUGUCCCGCCGUCAAGGAGAGCCUGGCGGAGAACGGCACUCUGCAGGACUGGCUCUGCAAGCUCACGCUGCUAGCGCCAGAGGUGGCGGUACGCUCCGAGGCGGCCAGCAGCCUCUACCGGCUGUGUGUCACGCGCCUCGAGGGCGGAGACUCGGCCGACCGCUCCUUCCUGCUCCUCGCCGUCUCCACGCUGCUCAAGUUUCUGCCGGACGCUCAGGCCAUGCGCCCAGUUAAGAACUUGGAUGAAGAUGAAGAGGACUUGGGAAUCCGGCCAGGCUGCAAGGAUUACUUCUGGCUGCUCGGGAAGCUCAUCAACAACAUCCACGUGAAGGACACCAACCAGGUAACGCUGGUGGACCUAGAUGCCAUGGCUAGACAUCUGGCGGACUGCAUACAGAGCCGGGAGAUCGUGGAGCAGAGGGACAGCAGCAUGGAGGACGAGGGCCUUCUUGGUUUGCUCAAGCUGUGCACGGCCGUCAUGAAGCACAAACCGGCGUUCAAGUUCACACGCGACGGCCAGGAAUUCCUCAGGGAGGUGUUCAACCUGCUCUUCCUGCUGCCCAGCAUGGCGGACCGCCAGCAGCCCAAGUGCAAGUCGCAGGGUUCGCGGGGCGCUGCCUACGACCUCCUGGUGGAGCUCGUAAAGGGCUGCCCCGAGAGUUACCGCCUGCUGCACUGCUGGGUCAUGGCUCAACACGUGCAGACCUCGCACGCACCGUACAAGUGGGACUACUGGCCCCAUGAUGACGUGCGCGCCGACUGCCGCCUCGUGGGCCUUACCAACCUGGGCGCUACCUGCUACAUGGCCUCCACCAUCCAACAGCUCUACAUGAUUCCGCAGGCUCGCCAGGCGGUCUUCACCGCCAAGUAUACUGAUGACAUGAAGCACAAAACCACCUUGUUUGAGCUACAGAAGAUGUUCACAUACUUGAUGGAGAGCGAGCGCAAGGCCUACAACCCUCGAUCAUUCUGCAAGAACUACAUGAUGGAUAAGCUGCCGCUCAACACGGGAGAGCAAAAGGACAUGACGGAGUUCUUCACUGACCUCAUCACCAAAAUUGAGGAGAUGAGCCCAGAACUGAAAAACACCGUCAAGACUUUAUUCGGCGGAGUCAUUACAAACAACGUCGUAUCGCUGGACUGUGACCACGUCAGUCAAACUGUGGAAGAAUUCUACACGGUGCGGUGCCAAGUGGCAGAUAUGAAGAACAUCUACGAGUCGCUGGACGAGGUGACUGUAAAGGACACUCUGGAAGGGGACAACAUGUACACCUGCUCGCAGUGUGGAAAGAAAGUGCGCGCCGAGAAACGGGCCUGCUUCAAGAAGCUGCCGCAGAUCCUGAGCUUCAACACCAUGCGCUAUACGUUCAACAUGGUGACAAUGAUGAAGGAGAAGGUGAACACUCACUUCUCGUUCCCGCUGAGGCUCGACAUGACGCCCUACACCGAGCGAUGGCUCAUGGGGCGGAGCGACCGCGCCGAAGGCUUGAAGGUGGAGGAGGGGGCGGGCGGCGUGGCCAAGGCGGAGGAGAGUUACGAGUACGACCUCAUCGGCGUGACGGUCCACACAGGCACCGCGGAUGGCGGCCAUUACUACAGCUUCAUCCGAGACAUCAUCAACCCAGCAGCCUACCGCAACAACAAGUGGUAUCUGUUCAAUGAUGCAGAAGUGAAGCCCUUUGACUCAACACAGCUGGCUUCCGAGUGUUUCGGGGGAGAGAUGACGACUAAAACAUACGACUCUGUUACCGACAAAUUUAUGGACUUCUCAUUUGAAAAGACACACAGUGCCUACAUGCUGUUCUACAAGCGGGUAGAAUCGAGUGAGGAUGUGGGCAAGGAGUCCACCUUUGAUAUUCCCCCUGAGCUUCUCGAGUGGAUCUGGCACGACAACAUGCAGUUCCUCCAAGAUAAGAACAUCUUUGAGCACACCUACUUCGGAUUCAUGUGGCAGCUGUGCAGCUACAUCCCAAGCACUCUGCCCGACCCCAAGGCUGUCACCCUCAUGACUGCCAAGCUGAGCACCUCCUUUGUGCUGGAAACAUUCAUUCACUCGAAGGAAAAGCCCACCAUGCUCCAGUGGAUCGAACUCCUGACCAAGCAGUUCAAUAACAGCCAGGCCGCGUGCGAGUGGUUUUUGGACCAAAUGGCUGACGACGACUGGUGGCCGAUGCAGAUCCUGAUUAAAUGCCCCAAUCAAAUUGUAAGACAGAUGUUCCAGCGCCUCUGCAUCCACGUCAUCCAGCAGCUGCGGCCCACGCAUGCCCACCUCUACCUGCAGCCCGUGUCGGACAAUGGCCCGGACGAUGCCCUCAUUCCGCUGGAGGAGUUGGGCCUGCGAUCGUGCGUCACGCGCUUCGUGAAGACAUUGCUGGCCGUCAUGGAGCACGGCGUAAAGCCGCAUAGCCGCCACCUCACCGAAUACUUCGCCUUCUUCUGCGACUUCAUUAAGAUGGGCGAGGAGGAGCGCCAGUUCCUGUUGUCCGUGCAAGCCAUCUCCACAAUGGUGCACUUCUACAUGGGGACCAAGGUCCCUGAAAAUCCCCAACCCCAGCCACAGGCGGCAGGGGAAGCCCUGUCGGAGGAGGAGGCCGAGGAGGAGGAGCCCGAAGAGGAUAUCCUGGCGCUCGCCGAAGAGAAGUACCGCCCUGCUGCCCUCGAAAAGAUGAUAACACUCAUCGCUCACCUCGUCGAGCAGUCGCGAUCCGAGAGGCACUUGACCCUUUCCCAGAGUGACAUGGCAGCUCUUACAGGAGGAAAAGGUUUCCCAUUCCUCUUCCAGCAAAUCCGAGAUGGCAUCAACAUCAAGCAGACUUGCAACCUCAUCUUCAGCCUCUGCCGCUACAGCAACCGUCUGGCCGAGCACAUCGUCGCGAUGCUGUUUACAUCUAUUGCAAAGCUCAGUCCAGAGGCAGCCCAGCCAUUCUUUAAGCUGCUCUCCAUGCUCAUGGAAUUUGCGGCGGGUCCACCCGGCAUGCCACCAUUCACCACCUACAUACUGCAGCGCAUCUGGGAGGUGAUCGAGUAUAACCCUGCCCAGUGCCUGGACUGGCUGGCUAUGCAGACGCCACGCAACAAGCUCGCGCACACGUGGGUGCUGCAGAAUAUGGACAGCUGGGUUGAGCGCUUCCUGCUGGCGCAUAACUACCCGCGCGUCCGCACCUCGGCCGCCUACCUCCUGGUGUCGCUCAUACCCAGCAACUCGUUCCGUCAGAUGUUCCGCUCAACUCGCUCCCUCACCACGCCGGGCCGUGAGAUGCCGUUGGGUCCCGAAGCAACGGGCGUGUUGCACCGCGUCUACCAGGCGCUGCUGGCUCUGCUUCCGUGCGCGCGCCCCUACGCCGAUGCGCAGCUCCACGGCACCACAAAGCUCGUGCCCUACUUCGGCCUGCUGUCGCACUGCCUCGUGUCGCGCGCCGAGAAGCUCAUGUUCUCGCCGUACUUCCAAGACCUGUGGGCGAUCUACCAGCCGCGCCUCUCAGAGCCCGCCAUCGCCACCAAUCACAACAAGCAGGUGCUGCUCGCCUUCUGGCACGCGGCCUGCGUAGGCUGCCCCGAGAACGCGCGCCUCGUGGUGCAGAGCACAUCGGUGGCGCGCAACAUCGCCUUCAACUACAUCCUGGCGGACCACGACGACCAGGACGUGGUGCUCUUUAACCGCGCCAUGCUGCCCGCCUACUACGGCCUGCUGCGGCUCUGCUGCCAGCAGUCGUCUGCCUUCACGCGCCAGCUCGCGUCACACCAGAACAUCCAGUGGGCCUUCAAGAACCUGACGCCGCACGCCAACCAGUACCCCUCGGCCGUGGAGGAGCUCUUCGCGCUGAUGCAGCUGUUUGUGGCGAAGCGUACAAACAUGACUGAGGAAGAACUGCAGGACGUGCAGCAGUUCAAGAAGACGACCAUCACCAGCUACCUGCGCUGCCUGGACGGUCGCUCGUGCUGGCCCACACUCAUCAGCGCCUUCCGGAUCCUACUUGAGACAGAUGAGGACCGCCUGCUUGUCUUGCUAAACAGAGGACUCCUCCUCAUGAACGAGUCCUUCAACACGCUGCACAUGAUGUACCACGAAGCAACAGCAUGCCACGUGACGGUGGACCUGGUGGAGCUGCUCUCCAUCUUCCUGUCCGUGCUGAGGGCCACCCAGCCCUUCCUGCAGCGCAAGGACGUGAAGCAGGCUCUCAUCCAAUGGCAGGAGAGAAUGGACUUUGCCCACAAGCUGCUCACGCUGCUCAAUUCCUACAGCCCCCCUGACCUGCGCAACACCUGCCUCGAUGUGCUGAAGGAGCUGGUUUUGUUGUGUCCCAACGACUGCCUUCACACCAUGGUGCCCUUCCUCCAGCACAACCACUUUGCAUAUCAUCGCAACAAUAUGCCCAUGUCCAUCGGCCCGUACUUCCCGUGCCACGAGAACAUGAAGCUGAUGAGCGGCAAGAACACAAUCCGCCCUCCACGGCCAGAGCUCAACAUGUGUCUGCUACCUAGCAUGGUGGAGACAUGCAAGGGCAGGGACGAGGCCUACGACCGCCUGCUCUUGGACUACUUCCUGCCAUACCACCACUUCAUGGACAUCCUGUGCCGCGUGGCAGUUAACCAGGACAAGGUCACUGAGACACUCAUCAAGCUCAGUGUGCUGGUGGCGUACGAAGGAGUGCCGCUCCACCUCACGCUCUUCCCCAAGCUCUGGACUGAGCUUUGUCAGCCUCAGCCUGGCAAAGCGUGCCUGAAGCUGCUUUGCGAGGAGCCCGUGUUCUCCGAGUACAUCGAGUGCAUCCUAAUGGACGAACGCACGUCGCUCAAUAACAGCGCCAUCUACACCUUCCUCGCGUGCUUCUUCCCGAAGGUGCAGAACCAGAUACUGUCCGGCUCCAACUGCCCGAACCUGUUGACGAACCUGGUGAACACGCUGGUGAGCGAGCAGGGCAGCCUGCAGCCCGAGCUCUUCGCCCAGCGCGCGGACGCCGCUCGUCUCGCCGCCAGCAUGAACGGGGACCUGCGAGCCCUCUGCCUGCUGCUGUCGGUGCAGUGCCCGCGGCAGCUGGAACCGGCGCUGCUGCCUGCGCUGCAGGAGCUGCUGGGCCGAUGCCGCGCCUGGCAGCAGCAGCAGCAGCGCGAGCGGCAACGCGAGCAGCAGCAGGCGGUCGCCUCUGGCAGCGCAAAAGGCCUGAGCUCGGACGAGGAGGGGGUCACCCCGCACAAGCGGCGGAGAGUGAGCCGGGACAGCAGCGGUUCGGCCGACGCCGACCUCGCCAAAGGUCCCAUCUCCCCGGCGAGCCCAAGCGGCGCCGAGACUGAAGAGAGUCGCGAGUCAGCGCUCAUCGACCCCGGCACGGAACAGGACGAUGGCCCCCUGGCCCCCGAGCAUGUGCCCACACCCUCGGAGGCGAACCGCACGCCGGCUGGUACUUCUCCAGCAACUGGCGGAGAGGACGGCAACCAAAGCGAAGAGAUGGAGGCACAGGGCGGUGCGGCCACCAGGAAGGACGAGCCUCUGGCAAACGCAACGCAGGGCGAUCACGGGGAAUCGUUCAGGCCGGCCGACACGGAACGCUUAGACUCCCCGAGAGCGGUGCACGCCGAUGGCAGUGGCGGAGAGGUAGCGGUGGAGGACAGUGGCGUGAAGGCCGAGGUCUCUCCCGGCGAGGGAGCGGCAAAACUUGCAGAUGGACCUUCGGAUGUCAUCACCACUUCCGCCACCUCCAGCACCUCUGCAGCGCAUGGGCAAGGCGAUGAGGCAAACUGUAGCGAUGUGACGGCGCAGCAGAACAGCGAUGAGUUGGCAAUGGCGAGCGAAACCCGCAGCCAUUCCAGAGGCAGCCCCAGCCCCACGCGACAGCCCGACCCGCUGGAGGCGCUUUGCCGGACCAUCGAGUCAGCCAUUGCCAUCGUAGGAAAAAUCCUCAAGUCCACCUCCUGACAGGCCCCAGCUCGUUACUUUGUGGGUAACGUGGGCAUAUCUCAUCGGACUCUGGUUUCACUCUUCCAGAGAAAUGCUGAAGUGCGCUCCCCCUUUGGCUGUUCCUGUGCAACGCGCACCACAGCCUGGCGUCUGCAGUGGCCCCCUUUUAAUGUUGGACGUGGCAGGCUGUUGUGCGUUUGUGUGUGUGAAUAGAUCAGUGUUUACUAUUAAAACAGUACUAAUGUAGUGGUGCUUACGUGGUUGGGCCCAACUAAACGUGGGUGAGUAGAGAAAACACGAACAUUUUAUUUGGUCUCUGCUUUGCUCACGCAUAUUACAUGUUUUGUUUUUAAAUUAUGCUUCAAUGGCCUGGUUUUUGUGCACAGUUUUCAUGUGUUAAAAUUACCCCAAUAUUUUUCCUUUGGUUUGUUUUUAACCGUUGCCAACAGUACAAGAUGAUUUCUAUGUGCACCUCCUGUAGACAAAAAUCCUUGUCCUGUGAGCUUCUGUAAAUAUACCAACCACAGGUAAAUUGAUUCUGUUAAGAAUCCUUUUUUAAAUGACGUGGUGUUUGAUAAUGUUUCCUCUCGUGGAAAUAAAAAUGACCCUUUAAAGAUAAA